AUGGCCUACACGCUCACCCGAUGUAAGCAUAUGUACUGGGCAGUGACUAAUAUCGACUAUAUACACCAACGUACAGGCAAAAGAAUCGGCCUGAUGAUUCUGGUUAUCUGGUGCGUCUCCUUCCUCGUGUGCAUUGCCCCACUUCUGGGCUGGAAGGACCCCGGAUGGGAGCAUCGUGUGUCUCAGGAACGCAUGUGCCUAGUCUCACAGGACAUAGGCUACCAGAUAUUCGCAACGCUAGCCUCGUUCUAUCUGCCCCUGCUUGUGAUACUCUUCCUGUAUUGGCGGAUCUUCCAGACGGCGCGUAAGCGAAUCAGACGGCGAGUCACUGUGGCUACUCCACCCACUUCGGCAAAAGGGGGAGGAGUCAAGGGCGGGCCUCAGCCUAGGGGCGGGGUUAUUGCUGGUCUCUGCGCUGCAGGAGCGGCAGGCGGUAGCGGCGGUAUAGCAGCAGCUGUAGUCGGCGUAAUCGGCCGCCCUCUCCCCACCAUCUCUGAAGCGACAACAACAACAACCACAACAACAGCCUUCACCAACGUGAGCUCGGCCAAUACAUCACCCGAGAAGGGCAGCUUCGGCAAUGGUCUCGAAGCAGACCCGCCCACCUGCGAUCCGAUGAGUUCUAUUGGUCCCACCGCCGGCGCCAAUUACAGCCAACCGCCGCCCCUCAAGCAGCGCAAGCAGCCCAAAGAGAGCGCCGAGACCAAGCGCGAGCGGAAGGCAGCCAAGACCCUAGCCAUCAUCACGGGAGCAUUUGUGAUUUGCUGGUUGCCAUUUUUUAUUAUGGCCAUUCUGCUACCUGGAGACAGUGGUAUGUUCCAUCAGUACGUGAUCGCCUUCUUCUUGUGGCUGGGUUAUUUCAAUAGCACUUUGAACCCGAUCAUCUAUACUGUGUUCAGUCCCGAAUUCAGGCAUGCCUUCAAGCGACUUCUGUGUGGCAGAAGGGCUUCUGUGCGCAGACGCGGCGCGCAUCACAAUUUCCCGCGCUGA